CUCAGAUCCAUAUUUUUCUUGUAUCUACGAUGACUUCACAAAAUUCGAUGUUUCCAACUCUUUGCUUCUUAAUUAUCUGUUUUCUUCGUAUAACUUUUACCGUUACUACUAAUCACUUGUUAUACUCUUAUUAUUCAUGAUUGUAGUUUGGGAUGGAGAGAGUAAUUGAGUAGUAAUAAUAACUAACACCAAAUAUAGAGGGAGUAAGAUAAGACAGCAUUGCAUGAUUUCAUGCGGUGAAACUGAAUUGCCAAUUGCCAAAAUGCAUGAAAACGUAACUACACGUGUGAGAGUGUAAAGGUUGUUGGUCUUAAGUGAGAAUGGUGGAUAUCUGCAUGCCACGCCAUUCCUUUGUAAUCCCCCGCCGUUGGUUCUACCUACCCGAAAAAUUAAAAUCCUCUGCAACUAAUUUUACUCUGUAACCUCCCAAUUCCAAUUCCAUCAUCGACCCAGGGCGCUAUAUAUCAUCAUCCAAAUCCACCUCCUAAUUCCCCCAACUAGAACAGAACAGAACAGAACAGAGUGGCCGUGGAACAAAGGCUAAUUUUUGUAUUGAUCAUUGGUCCUCUGUCCAAAAAAGAAAAGACCCACAAAAUUGAUGGCGCCUGCUUCAACCCUCACAGCUCUAGCAGAAGAGAAGACACUGGAAUCCAGAUUCAUCAGGGACGAAGAUGAGCGUCCUAAAGUGGCCUACAACCAAUUCAGCAACGAAAUUCCUAUCAUUUCCCUAAAGGGUCUCGACGACAUUGAUGGCAAGCGAGCUGAAAUUUGCAAGAAGAUCGUGGAAGCUUGUGAAGAUUGGGGAAUCUUCCAGGUUGUUGAUCAUGGUGUCGAUGAUAAACUCAUUUCUGAAAUGACCCGUCUCGCCAGAGAAUUCUUCGCUCUCCCCCCUGAAGAUAAGCUCCGAUUCGACAUGUCCGGCGGCAAGAAAGGUGGAUUCAUCGUCUCUAGCCAUCUUCAGGUAUUAAUACCCUUUUCCUGAUCGAAUGAAUUUCGUGAUUUUCCUGUUUUUGUUAGCAGAGAGGAAUUUACAAAUUUGGCAAAAUUUUGAUCUUUAUUAUUUGAGCUUGAUCUUUGAUGAUUCUUUGCAGGGAGAAGCGGUACAAGAUUGGCGUGAAAUUGUGACGUAUUUUUCCUACCCGAUUCGGGCAAGGGAUUAUUCAAGGUGGCCGGAUAAGCCGGAAGGAUGGAUUGCGGUGACGGAGAAAUACAGUGAGAAAUUAAUGGAGUUAGCUUGUCAGCUCCUGGAGGUUUUAUCAGAGGCCAUGGGAUUGGAAAAAGAGGCCUUAACUAAAGCUUGUGUGGACAUGGACCAAAAAGUUGUGGUCAACUUUUACCCAAAGUGCCCACAGCCUGACCUCACUUUGGGCCUCAAACGCCACACCGACCCAGGUACCAUUACCCUCUUGUUGCAAGAUCAAGUUGGUGGGCUUCAGGCCACCAGAGAUAAUGGCAAGACUUGGAUCACUGUCCAGCCUGUUGAAGGUGCUUUUGUUGUCAACCUUGGUGAUCAUGGCCAUUUUUUAAGCAAUGGGAGGUUCAAGAACGCGGAUCACCAGGCGGUGGUGAACUCAAACAGUAGCAGGCUGUCCAUAGCCACAUUUCAGAACCCAGCCCCGGAUGCGAUUGUGUACCCGUUGAAGAUCCGGGAAGGCGAGAAGGCGGUGCUGGAUGAGCCCAUGACGUUUGCUGAGAUGUACAGGAGGAAGAUGAGCAAGGACAUUGAGCUAGCCAAGCUGAAGAAGUUAGCUAAGGAGCAAGAUUUGCAAGCUGCGGUUGAGAAAGCCAAGUUAGAUGACAAGCCCAUUGAACAGAUUUUUGCUUAAAUCAUAUUAUUGUUCUUAGAAUUUUAAUUUUCAUCCUAAUGUCUUUUAGGUAAGAAAAAGACCUCAAAUUCCUGCUGUAUUUCCUAUGAUUAUGAUUGUCACCUAAACUGGAUGGUAGAUGUCAGCGAGGAGUAAUAAUAAGUAGAUUUACAACUGGGUUGCGUACGAGGGUUGAGGAUUAAUGGAAAUGAACUUCAAGAUUAAUGGGAUUAGAGUGUUAUACGACUCCUAAGAUAGCAUCAUAACUCGGGAAAAAUGGCCGAUUAAUCCAAAUGGAUUAGAUAAAAAUGAACGUAUCAAAAUUCGACGAAUCAUUAUAUAGUGCAACGUCAAAGUUUAAAUGUCCAAGAUUCAGUUCUGAGCCGUUACUUAUUUUCCACAAUCCACAUCCAAUCAAGGUCCGAACACUUUAACCGACAAGAGAACAAAAACGCUUCCGACACAGGACCGAGUACAACAAUUUAGAGCCGCUAUUUUAGUUAGUGAAAUUGUUUCUUCCACGCCAUUUAAACCUCUUCUUUUUGUAACAGAUGACCGGAAAUUCAGUCCCAAAAUAUACACUUUCCAAACGAGACACAAAAGAAAAAGGAAAUGGAAAAGCAACAGACUACGGGAGAGUUGACGCGUGAGUCGUCGUCGCUUAUGAACUCUUGCAAGUAACACAAAUUGGGCCUUUUCUUGCAAGUCAACACAAAGUUAACACACUAUAAGUUCUAUUAAAUUAUGCAGCAUUUUCGGGCCUUUUUUCCCCCUCUAUAAUAAUGCCGACAUAUGAUGAUCGUGAUUUGUACAUUUUGUAGUAUAAGAGAGGGUUGCAUUGCACGUUGUACAAUCAUGAAUUGCGCGGAUG